GAGGAACUUGAAAGGGGGGUUGUGUAAUGUACCUUUUCCAAUCCCGGGCUGUAUAUGGAGAUUUGGGAUUCUUUAAACCGGCGCUACCUGGAUUUUAUUAAAAAGCGGGGAGCUCGGCGGGAGGAAAGCUGGCUUUUCCGGGGGCUGCGGGAGCCGGGCCGCGGGAGGGCGGAGGAGUUGGCGCGCCGAGCGCUCGGCCCGGGGAGCGGUUUUCUACCAAAAAAAGGAAAGGCGGGCAAAAAGUGUGAGGCGGCUGCGGGUGGCGAAGGGGAGCAGCAACCGCGGGAUGGCGGGCAGUACGGGCGCCUAGCCGCGCAGGGAGUCGGGGCCGCAACCGGAGUCGCAGUCGCCAGAGCCCGGAGCCGGGAGCCCCGCCGCGCCAGACGCCGUGUGCGCUGCUUCGCGCAGCUCCGCCAGGCCGCCCGGAGGGGCCCCACUGUCGGCCGCCUGUGCGCGCCGGGCCGAGGGCCCGCCGCCGAGCGCAAGCCCCGCUGGCCGCCGCCACCAUGCCCGCCGCGGAGCCCCCGCCGCCCGAGGACUCUGGGACUACGCCGAGGCCGAACUUUUAGGUCCCACUGAGCGAGGCCCGCGGGCCGGGUGGGGGGCUGGCCGCGGCACUCCAGCGGAGGAUGGAUGGCCGAGACUUUGGGCCCCCGCGGUCCGUGCACGGCCCCCCGCCGCCGCUGCUGUCCGGCCUGGCCAUGGACAGCCACCGCGUGGGCACAGCCACGGCUGGACGCCUGCCUGCCUCGGGCUUGCCCGGCCCGCUGCCGCCCGGGAAGUAUAUGGCUGGCCUCAACCUCCACCCGCACCCGGGCGAGGCCUUCUUGGGCAGCUUUGUGGCCAGCGGGAUGGGGCCCUCAGCCUCGUCCCAUGGGAGCCCAGUGCCCCUGCCCUCUGACCUCUCCUUCCGCUCCCCUACCCCCAGCAACCUGCCCAUGGUGCAGUUGUGGGCUGCCCAUGCCCAUGAAGGUUUCUCCCACCUGCCCAGUGGGCUGUACCCAUCCUACCUCCACCUGAACCACCUGGAGCCCCCCAGCAGUGGGAGCCCCCUCCUCAGCCAGCUGGGCCAGCCCAGUAUUUUCGAUACCCAGAAAGACGGCUUCUACCUGCCUGCCCCGGGGGCCCCAGGCGCCCCGCACUCUCAUGCACCCUCCUCCAGGACCCCCGGCAGCCACUCCUCGGGCGCCCCUGCCAAAGGCUCAUCGCGGGAAGGUCCACCCAAGGAGCGGGCAAGCCGCGGCGGGGAGCCGCCCCCACUGUUCGGAAAGAAGGACCCACGGGCCCGCGAGGAGGCGGCGGGGAUGCGUGGCGUUGUGGACCUGACUCAGGAGGCGCGGGCAGAGGGCCGCCAGGACCGCGGACCCCCGCGCCUCGCUGAGCGCCUGUCGCCCUUCCUGGGAGAGCUGGGGCCACCACGGGCACCGGGCGUGGCCACCACUGACUCCAAGGGCAAGAACCUGCCGCUGCCAUCGGCACUGAGCCUCUGCAAUGGCACGGGGGAUGCGGGGCUCCCAGCGCUGGUGGCUGAGGCGGCCCGCGGCGCCAAGGAGGCAGCGCGCCAGGACGAGACUGUGCGCCUGCGGCGCGCAGAGGCCCUGCUGCCUGGGCCGUGCCCCUGCCCUUCACCGCUACCGCUGCCGCCUGGCAAGGGCCCGCCCGCACCUCCUGCCCCGGCCGGGGCCUUUGCCGCUCCCCAGCCCGCCCCCGCCGGCGUCUACACCAUCUUCCCCACAGCCGCGGCGGCGCGAGAGCCCGGCCGUGAGCACCGCGUGGUGGCGCCCACCUUUGUGCCUUCCGUGGAGGCCUUCGACGAGCGCCCGGGGCCCAUCCAGAUUGCAUCGCAGGCGCGCGACGCCCGGGCUCGGGAGCGCGAUGCAGGCAGGCCCGGAGUCCUACAGGCGCCGCCCGGGUCUCCGCGGCCGCUCCUGGACAGGCCUGAGGUGCUGCGCGAGAAGAACUCAGUGAUCCGCUCGCUCAAGCGGCCGCCUCCCGCCGAGGCCCCGCCGGCGCGGACCUCGCGUGCCUCCCCGGACGCCCGCGCCUACUUCCCGGCCAAGGAACUGCUCAAGCCCGAGGCCGAGCCGAGGCCCUGCGAGCGCGCCCUCCGAGCGUCCGCCGCCGCUCCCCAGCAGGCCGCCAAGCUCUUUGGCCUGGAGCCCGGGCGGCCGCCCCCGCCCACCGGCCCUGACCAUAAGUGGAAGCCUUUCGAGCUGGGCAACUUUGCCACCACGCAGAUGGCUGUGCUGGCUGCGCAGCAUCACCACGCCAGCCGCGCCGACGAGGAGGCCACGGCUGUCUCCAAGAAGGCCUACUUGGACCCCGGGGGUGCACUGCCCCGCGCCGCGGCCACCUGCUCCAGGCCGGGCGCUGACGUGCACGCAGUGGCCCAUGGGCCUGGAGAGGCCUCGGCCAUGCAGAGUCUCAUCAAGUACAGUGGCAGCUUUGCCCGCGAGGCUGUGGCUGUGCGCCCUGGUGGCUGCGGCAAGAAGAGCCCCUUUGGAGGCCUAGGCACCAUGAAACCUGAGCCUGCCCCCACGGCAGCAGGUACCCCGCGCACCCAGAGCCGCCUCCUCCACCCUGCGGGCCCUGCAGCAGGUGGUGGCCGGCAGCUGAAGCGGGACCCGGAGAGGCCCGAGAGCGCCAAGGCUUUUGGGCGUGAGAACUCGGGUGCCCAGGGGGAGGCAGAGGUUCGACACCCGCCCGUUGGCAUUGCGGUGGCUGUGGCCCGGCAGAAGGACAGUGGCGGCAGUGGCCGGCUGGGGCCUGGCCUGGUGGACCAGGAGCGCUCCCUGUCGCUGAGCAAUGUCAAAGGGCACAGCCGAGCAGAUGAGGAAUGUGGGGAUGAGCGGGCCAGGCACCGGGAGGAGCGGCUGCUGGGUGCGCGGCUGGACCGGGACCAGGAGAAACUGCUCAGAGAGAGCAAGGAGCUGGCCGACCUGGCCCGCCUGCACCCCACCAGCUGUGCUGCUAAUGGCCUGAACCCCAACCUCAUGGUGACUGGGGGCCCCGCGCUGGCGGGCUCUGGUCGCUGGUCUGCUGACCCCGCGGCCCACCUGGCCACUCACCCCUGGCUGCCCCGCUCGGGCAACACGUCCAUGUGGCUCGCUGGACACCCCUACGGCUUGGGCUCCCCGUCUCUGCACCAGGGCUUGGCACCUGCCUUCCCUCCUGGCCUGGGAGGCUCCCUGCCGUCGGCCUACCAGUUUGUUAGGGACCCCCAGUCGGGCCAGCUGGUGGUCAUUCCCAGUGAUCACCUGCCUCACUUUGCGGAGCUCAUGGAGCGGGCCACCGUGCCACCCCUCUGGCCUGCGUUGUACCCGCCGGGCCGCGGUCCCCUGCACCACGCGCAGCAGCUUCAGCUCUUCUCCCAGCAGCACUUCCUGAGGCAGCAGGAGCUCCUGUACCUGCAGCAGCAGGCAGCCCAGGCCCUGGAGCUGCAGAGGAGUGCCCAGCUGGUGCAGGAGCGGCUGAAGGCCCAGGACCACCGGGCAGAGAUGGAGGAGAAGGUGAGCAAGAGGAGCCUGGAGGCUGCCGGCAAGGCUGGCCUGGUUGCCACAGGCCCUGGGCUUCUGCCUCGGAAGCCCCCUGGUCUGGCCACUGGUGCUGCGGGCACCUACAGCAAGGCCAUGAGCCCGCCGCCUUCUCCCCGCGCCUCCCCUGUGGCUGCCCUGAAGGCCAAGGUCAUCCAGAAGCUGGAGGACGUUUCCAAACCGCCUGCCUACACCUACCCUGCCACACCCAGCUCCCACCCCACCAGCCCGCCCCCCGCCUCCCCUCCGCCCACCCCUGGUAUCACCCGCAAGGAAGAGGCCCCUGAGAAUGUCAUUGAGAAGAAGGACUUGGAGCUGCAGAAGGAAGCCCCCAGCCCCUUCCAGGCCUUGUUCUCAGAUAUGCCAUCCAGGUACCCGUUUCAGGCCCUGCCACCACACUACGGGAGGCCCUAUCCGUUCCUGCUGCAGCCCACGGCGGCCUCUGAUGCCGAUGGCCUGGCCCCCGAUGUGCCGCUCCCGGCAGAUGGGUCUGAGCGCCUGGCCCUCUCACCUGAAGACAAGCCUAUCCGCUUGUCUCCCUCCAAGAUCCCAGAGCCGCUGCGGGAGGGCCCAGGUGAAGAGCCGCUGGCAGAGCGGGAGGUGAAGGCGGAGAUAGAGGACAUGGACGAGGGUCCCACAGAGCUGUCCUCCCUUGAGUCACCACUGUCACUGCCUCCUGAGGAAACCAUGGUGGCCUCCAGCCCUGCAGGCAGCUGUGAAGGUGGCCUGUUGGAGGCCCAGGCACUGAGUGCUGGUGGGCAGGGGGGCGCCGAGUGCUCCGGGUGCCCAGACUUUGCCAAGGGGGCUGAAGCGCAGGUGGAUUCACCGGGCCGGACAGAACCCUGUGCGGCUUCCCCGGACCUGGGGAGGCGGCUGACGCCUGAGACGCUGGUGGAGACUAAGGAAGAGCCUGUGGAGGUGCCCGUUGACGUGCCCAUGACCCUGCCCGUGGCCGAGGUAGUGCCCAAGGAAGUCCUGGCCCAGGUGGCCCCCAGCGAGCCCCUGCCUGGCCUAGAACUGGCAGAUGGCGACAUACCCCCCAGGGGGGGAGACUGCCUGAGCCUGGAAGCCCGGGUGGCCCCACCUGUGCCUGGUAGCACCUGCUUCCUGGAAGAGGCAGGCUCCGACCCAUUCCUGCCUGUCCUGGAGGACCCGUUGGCUGGCAUGAAUGCCCUGGUGGCGGCUGCAGAGCUGCCCCAGGCCAGGCCUCUGCCCUCCCCCGCUGCUGGAGCCCAGACCCCAGAGAAGCUGGAGGCCGUGCAGAGCCUGGUCCUGGAGCAGGGCUUCCUGCACGGCAUCACCCUGCUGAGCGAGAUCGCGGAGCUGGAGCUGGCGAAGAGGAGCCAGGAAGUGGGAGGUGCAGAGUGGGGCCUGGCGGUGCGGCCCUCUCUGGAGAGCCUGUUGGCGGCCAGCAGCCACAUGCUGAAGGAGGUGCUGGACAGCCCCUUUGUGGACCCACUCAAGAACCUGCGGCUUCCGCGGGAGCUGAACCCCAACAAGAAGUAUAGCUGGAUGCAGAAGAAGGAGGAGCGGAUGUACGCCAUGAAGUCCUCCUUGGAGAAUAUGGAUGCCAUGGAGCUGGACUUCCGGAUGCGGCUGGCUGAGGUCCAGCGCCAGUACAAAGAGAAGCAGAGAGAGCUGGUGAAGCUGCAGAGACGCCGCGAUUCCGAGGACAGGUGCGAGGAAUCCCAUGGAAGCUUGGCACGCAGAGGCCCUAGCAGGCCGUGGAAACGGACGCACGCCCUGAGCGCCCUGUCGCCCCCCCGCAAGAGAGGGAAGAGCCGCACCAGUAGCGGAAAGCUGAGCAGCAAGUCCCUGCUGACAUCGGAUGACUAUGAGCCGGGAGCAGGGAUGAGGAAGAGGCACAAGGGGCCUGAGGAGGAGCACGAUGCUCUGGCUGGGACUGGGAGGCCUCGGGGCAGGAGCCAGCUUUGGGACGAGCACGAAGCCUCCUCGGACUUCGUGAGUCAGCUAAAGAUUAAGAAGAAGAAGAUGGCCAGCGACCAGGAGCAGCUGGCCAGCAAGCUGGACAGGGCCCUCUCCCUCACAAAGCAGGACAAGUUGAAGUCACCCUUCAAGUUCUCGGACAGUUCUGGGGGGAGAUCCAAAACGAGCGGGGGCUGCGGCAGGUACUUGACACCCUACGACAGCCUGCUGGGCAAAGACAGGAAGGCGCUGGCCAAAGGCCUCAGCCUAUCUCUGAAACCCUCCAGAGAAGGUAAACACAAAAGGGGCGCCAAAGCCAGAAAGAUGGAGGUGGGGUUCAAGGCCAGAGGCCAGCCCAAGUCGGCCCACUCCCCAUUCGCCUCGGAAGUGAGCAGCUACUCCUACAAUACGGACUCAGAGGAAGAUGAAGAAUUCCUGAAGGACGAGUGGCCUGCCCAGGGCCCUUCCAGCUCCAAGCUGACAUCGCCCCUCCUGUGCGGAAUGGCGGUGAAGACCGGCAAGCCAGCUGGGAGCCCCCAGCUGACCAAGAGGGGCCUGGCGGCCACCCGGACUCUGGAACCCAAGUUGGCCACCAGCAGGAAGCAGCCGUUUUGUUUGCUGCUUCAAGAGGUCGAGGCCCGUUCCUCCUUCAGCGAUACUUCGGAGGACUCAUUUGACCAAGAUGAGAGCUCCGAGGAGGACGAGGAGGAUGAGCUGGAGGAGGAGGAGGACGAGACUGGUGGCGGCGCUAGGCUGGGGGCCCGUGAGCGGGCCCUGUCGCCAGGCCUGGAGGAGAGUGGGCUGGGCCUGCUGGCCCGCUUUGCAGCCAGCGCCCUCCCCAGCCCCGCAGCGGGGCUGGCCCUGUCAGUGGUACAGCUGGAGGCCAAGCAGAAGGCCCGGAAGAAGGGGGAGCGGCAGAGCCUGAUGGGCACAGAGUUUGAGUACACGGACUCAGAGAGUGAGGUCAAGGUGCGGAAGCGGUCGCCUGCUGGGCUGCUGCGGCCCAAGAAGGGACUGGGGGAGCCAGGCCCCUCCCUGGCUGUGUCCACAUCUGUGCCCAGCACUCAUGGGCCCGGCCCCACCAGCCCUGACAAGGCCAAGCUGGCGGUGGAGAAGGGGCGCAAGGCCCGCAAGCUGCGGGGCCCCAAGGAGCCUGGCUUCGAGGCCGGGCCAGAGGCCAGUGAUGAUGACCUGUGGACGCGACGGCGCAGUGAGCGCAUCUUCCUGCAUGAUGCCUCGGCCGCAGCCCCAGCGCCCAGCAGCGCAGCCCCUGUUGUCGCCAAGCCUGGCCGCUGCAGCAAGGGUGGCCCGCUGAGCCCUCGCAAGGAUGCCGGCCGCGCCAAGGACAGAAAGGACCCCAGGAAGAAGAAAAAGGGGAAGGAGGCUGGAUCUGGGGCUGCCCUGCCUCCGCCCCGUGUUCCUGCCCUGCCGCCCGAGGCCCGGGCCCCAAACGCCAGCUCCCCAGCUGCCGCCAAGAGAAGCAGGGCCAAGGCCAAAGGGAAGGAGGUGAAGAAGGAGAACCGGGGGAAAGGGGGAGCUGUGAGUAAGCUGAUGGAGAGCAUGGCAGCCGAGGAGGACUUUGAGCCCAACCAGGACUCCAGCUUCUCUGAGGAUGAGCACCUGCCACGUGGUGGGGCUGUGGAACGGCCGCUGACCCCGGCCCCAAGGUCCUGCAUCAUCGACAAGGAUGAGCUGAAAGACGGGUUGCGUGUGCUCAUCCCCAUGGACGACAAGCUGCUGUACGCUGGGCAUGUGCAGACGGUGCACUCGCCAGACAUAUACCGUGUGGUGGUAGAGGGCGAACGCGGGAACCGGCCCCACAUCUACUGUCUGGAGCAGCUGCUGCAGGAGGCGAUCAUCGAUGUGAGGCCGGCCUCCACCCGCUUUUUGCCACAAGGGACCAGGAUCGCAGCCUAUUGGAGCCAGCAGUACCGUUGCCUCUACCCAGGCACUGUGGUCCGAGGCUUACUGGGCCUCGAGGACGAUGGGGACCUGAUCACCGUGGAGUUUGAUGACGGGGACACGGGGAGGAUUCCCCUCUCCCAUAUCCGCCUCCUGCCUCCUGACUAUAAGAUCCAGUGUGCUGAACCAUCUCCAGCCCUCCUGGUGCCGAGCGCCAAGCGCCGUAGUCGGAAGACCAGCAAAGAUACUGGGGACGGCAAAGAUGGGGGUGCUCCGGGGUCCGAGGAACCCAGUGCCAAGGCGAGAGGGCGUGGGCGCAAACCCAGCACCAAAGCCAAGGAUGAGAGAGCUGCUGUCCUAGAGGAGGGGGGCUCAACAGAUGAGGUCCCCAGCACCCCACUAGCCCUGGAACCAGGCAGUACCCCGAGUUCCAAGAAGAGCCCCCCAGAACCUGUGGACAAGCGGGCCAAGGCCUCCAAGGCUCGCCCAGCAGCCCCGCAGCCCAGCCCAGUGCCAUCCCCGUUUGCCAGCUGCCCAGCUCCUGAGCCCUUUGGGGAGCUGCCAGCCCCUGCCACAGCCCUGGCCCCUGCCUCCCUUGUCAGCAUGCCCAUCACCAUGCCAGCCACCCGCCCCAAGCCCAAGAAGGCCAGGGCCACAGAGGAGUCGGCCAGCAAGGGCAUCCGGAGGCCGGGGGAGGAGGCUGAGCUGCUCGUCAAGCUGGACCAUGAGGGUGUGACGUCGCCCAAAAGCAAGAAGGCCAAGGAGGCCCUGCUUCUGCGGGAGGAGCCCAAGAGCCUCCUGGGUCUGGGCAGCCACCCCCCGGCUGCCGGUGGCAGCGAGCCCAGGGCGGCCCGGCCCCAGGCCGGGGAGGGUGACGAGGCCCAGGAGCCUGCGGCCAGGCUCGCGUUCGAGGACCCAGGGAAGGCCGGGAGCCCAGGCGGGGGCCGGGCUGCGCAGGACGGUGCCGAGGAAUCCGAGUCGUCCUCCUCGUCCUCGUCCUCCUCGUCCUCGUCCUCGUCCUCCUCGUCCUCCUCCAGCUCGGAGACGGAGGGCGAGGAGGCCGGCCAGGAUGGUGGGGGCCGGAACCGCAGCGCCCCCAGCUCCAGGGCGUCCUCGUCCUCCUCGUCCUCGUCCUCCUCGUCCUCGUCCUCGUCCUCCUCGUCCUCCUCGUCCUCGUCCUCCUCGUCCUCCUCCUCCUCGUCCUCCUCGUCCUCCUCCUCGUCCUCGUCCUCGUCCUCCUCAUCCUCGUCCUCGUCCUCCUCGUCCUCGUCCUCGUCGUCCUCGUCCUCCACCACAGACGACUCCUCCUGCAGCUCGGACGACGAGGCGGCGCCUGGCCCCGCGGCCGGCCCCUCCGCCCCGCCCGCCCUCCCGGGCUCAGCGCCCAAGCAGGCCGGCAAGGCGCGCCCCUCGGCCCACUCGCCCAGCAAGAAGGCGCUGGUGCCCCCGCCCCAGGCGCCCCCGCCGCAGCCCCCGCAGCCCAAGGCCCAGGCCGGGUCCGCGGCCAAGAGCCGGCCCAAGAAGAGGGAGGGAGUCCACCUUCCCACCACCAAGGAGCUGGCCAAGCGGCAGCGCCUGCCGUCUGUGGAGAACCGGCCCAAGAUCGCCGCCUUCCUGCCUGCCCGGCAGCUCUGGAAGUGGUUCGGCAAGCCCACCCAGCGCCGUGGCAUGAAGGGCAAGGCCCGCAAGCUCUUCUACAAGGCCAUCGUGCGUGGCAAGGAGAUGAUCCGCAUUGGGGACUGCGCCGUGUUCCUGUCGGCCGGCCGCCCCAACCUGCCCUACAUCGGUCGCAUCCAGAGCAUGUGGGAGUCAUGGGGCAGCAAUAUGGUGGUCCGCGUCAAGUGGUUCUACCACCCCGAGGAGACCAGCCCUGGCAAGCGCCUCCACGAGGGCCAGCCCUGGGACCAGAAGUCUGGGCGCAGCCUCCCCGCAGCCCUGCGGGCCUCCAGCCAGAGGAAGGACUUCAUGGAGCGUGCCCUGUACCAAUCCUCCCACGUGGAUGAGAAUGAUGUGCAGACCGUGUCGCACAAGUGCCUGGUUGUGGGCCUGGAGCAGUACGAGCAGAUGCUCAAGACCAAGAAGUACCAGGACAGCGAGGGCCUGUACUACCUUGCGGGCACCUAUGAGCCCACCACAGGCAUGAUCUUCUCCACUGACGGUGUUCCUGUGCUCUGCUGAGCGCCCGGCACCCUGCCAGCUGCCUUGUGCCCUGAGGGCUACCAGGGCCCCUCAUCAUCACUGCCACGGCUCGGGGGCCACGUGCGUUAGUUGUGUGCAUGAAAGUGUGCCUGUGGACGCCCUGGCGCACGUGAGUGUGUACAUGUGUGUGCCUGUAUGCAUGCACAUGUGUGCACACAUGUGCACACGUCUCCAGCCCCCCUUCCCAAAUCCCUCUGUGCCCCCUGAGACAGGGGCUCCUCUCAGCUAUCAGGGUAUGGCUCUGCUGGGCCCUUUCUGGGGGCCUCCCCUCCAGCACCUUGUAAGCACUUGGCCAGGCCAGGCCCUCAGACCCGGGUGCCCCCAGGCCGAUGCUGACUGCGGACUCAGUGGGAGAGGGUUUCUGAGGAACCAAACUGAAUCCUGCUCUGGGGUUCCUGCUGCUCACGGGUACCCCCAGGACCUCAGCACAGAGCUCACCCCAAGCUCCCACUGUGGGGCAGGGUGGUCCCACGCCCAUCAGCCUCACCGGCCAGGCCGGACCUUCCCGGGGUUCCUUCCAGGGGCCCGGCCUCUGCCCUCUCAGGAUGGCCUGCACUUGGGGACAGAGCCAAGUGAGGGCGGAGCCCAGGAGCACUGGCCAGGCACCAGGUGGAGGGGGUUGCAUGCCCUGUGAGGCCCUGGCCCACCUGCCGCCUCCAGACCCUCACACUACAGACAACCCCAAUGGUGCUGAAACCCUCACCCUGGCCACACCCCUGGCUCCCCUGCCCAGGCUGCAACCAGCCCAGAGGGAGGCGGCAGUUCUCAACCUGUACAGUUUUAUUGUACCGAGAGACUCUCCCCCCUGUAUCAUACGCCUUUAAAUGGAGUCAACUUUUUAAUUAUAUAUAUAAAGAUAAAUAUAUAUAAAUAUAUAUAAAUAUAAACUUUUUAAAACUGUGAAAAAAAUAGCUAUGAAAUUAUAAAAAAAGCGAACACAUUCUGACGUGCAGAAUAUUAUUUUUUAUUUCCUGUUAGAUUGUGAGUGUCUAGCACCCAGCUUCAUGGGCCCCCCUCACCCCAAGCACACACCCACCCCUAGUGCGGCCCAGGUGUACUGUGUGCCCCCAGGACGGAGAAGGAGUCAGGGAGAGCAGAAGUGGAGGGAGGGAGAGGACCAGCCGAGUGCAGCGGCCCGCUCGGCCCUGAGAGCACUUACCAGCCCCCUGUGCCUUCCAGGGGGCGGAGGCCUCGUCCAGACAAUCUUAAGGGAAGGAAAAGCCAGACUUCGGUUUAGUUUUUUGGGGGAAUUGUUUUCCUUUUUGUUUUUUAAGUUUCUUUUGGAAUUUUGUUUGUUGGCGAAUUCUGUGUGAUCUUUUUUCAUAAAAAAGAAAAGAAAAAAGAAAAAUCUAUAAUUGGAAAAGUACGU